UGGGGUCUGAUCAGCUUGCCAGUAUUAAUUUGCUUGCAGCCCCUUGCACUCGUGCUCAGCUUCUUAGCAGAUUAGGGAAGAAUGACAGGCGGAGAUGAGCAAGAGCAGAGCCAUAACCGACAUGAAUGGCUAUAUCCCGACGGGCGAGGUCGGCGGCGGCCGCCCACUGACUCCAACUGGGUGGAAGUGAGGCACAUCAACAGCCAUGCGGCGUUCAUGGGGUACUUGUCGUCCGCCGUGACGGGGCUGGGCUUCCUGGUGUUCACGUGGACCACCGUGGUGCUGCUCGGUGGCUUCGUCUCCAUGCUCAAGAAGAAAGACUUUUGGUGUCUCACGGUUAUUACUCUCGUCCAGACAAAACAGGCUUUUGAGGUCAUUCUGGGGGAAAGCGUAAGCAACAGCAGGCAUUCGUACAUGGCCUUACUCAGUAGUGCACUGAGCAUUGAGCCUCCCCAUGAGUUGUCAAUUGCACUCAUGGGGGCAUACAUGGUAGCACGCGCUGUAAUGGCAGUCGUCCGAUCCCUGGUGUUCAUAACUGUGCUGCUCCCUAUAGUUAUCCUAUAUACGUGUGGGCUGUACAUUUCUACUGGGAUUUCGCUGUGGCGUCUGGUACAGCAUGACUACGGUAAUGCUGAUGGGGAUAUCAAUAAAGCAAAUCUGAAGGCGGCGAUGGAUGCCUUGUACUUGAUAGCUCUGGUCCAGGGUCUACUCUUCUUCUAUAGGCUCACCUAUGUAUCUGCAGGAAGGAAGAUUGUGAAAAAAGUGGCUGAAGAAUAUGAGUUUGGGGAUCAGGCACAAACUUCAGUUGCGAACUACUUGCGUGAGACCAGGAUCGGAUGUGAGAAGGACCCAUCUUUCGCCAAUGGAAGGAACCUGGUCACAUACGCUGUGGGACUCAUGAAGUCGGAAUCAUCUGGCUGCUUUCUCUCCGGGGCAAGGAUCCUGGGCAUGCUCUUGUGGCAGUCAACGCCCUUGGGGCAGCUCACACUGAUCAAACAGCUGCUGAUUGGUUCAUCGGCGUCAUCUAGCCACCACCUGCUCCAAAAGUUGUUGCGGGUGCUGGAUUCAAGAAGUCCAUAUGAUAGAGAGACAAGAGAGCAUGCUGCAAGGAUAGUGGCGCACCUUGCUGGCGACAUCCGUUUGGAACAGUUCCCACAAGGGAUCCAAUGCAUAUCUUCGCUGAUUGAGACAUUUGAAGAAUACCGUCUACUUGAGCCAUAUCUGCAGAGAGGCUGGUUAGUCGAGAGAUAUGAGCAAGUCUGGCAGCAGGAAGCUCAGUAUCUGUUAACAUCAGACAGUGAUGACUAUUACCUUGAGAAUGCCUACAAGGAGCUGCUACUGCAAGGCCUUCUUAUCAUCCGGAAGUUAGCAGCCGAUGAGAACAACUGCAGAGUCAUGAGCAGUACCAAAGGUCUGCUCCGCAAGAUUAUGGCGCCUGUCACAUCAGACCUACUCCACCACAUCGAUCAUGGUGCAUGGUCCGACAUAGUAGAGAAAUCACUGAAAGUAAUGCGUCAGCUUGGGUCUUGUCCAGGAGAGACUGGGCGCAAGCUGCGGCGCGAGAUCUCAAACAACAAGGAAGCAAUCAGCACCAUGGAGAGGAUUCUCCAGUGCGACAAAUGCGAAGCAGAGCUGCAGAAACAAGCCAUGGGCAUUCUCACACAACUAUCCAUGGACAGCAAAAGCAGAAAAGAAUUUAUCCAGAUGCUAGUAGACAUCUUUACUGAUGAUAACAAGUACAACACCAGAAUGUUAGCAGGUGAAGCACUGGCCAUGUUAUCUUUCGAAGGUGGCAUUCAUGCCACGAUCAUCUUACAAGUAACUGGUGAUUUUGUGGGUAGCCUCAUCAAAAUAGUUGUUGUUGACCAGCAAAAACAAAGGACGCCUUACAUUUUGGGACUGAGGAGUAGCAGAUGA